AUGUACUCGCAGUACUGGAACACGGCUCGGGGCCGCAGGCCGGACUACAGGAGAUACACAGUGGUGGAGGGGGAGACUCCUCUUCCUUUGGCUUCCACCGGUCGUAGGAAGCGCCUCCAUUCUGCAGGAGAGGAUGAAGAGGAGGAGGUGAGGAGGAGCUGUGCGUCUCGACCAAAUCCCGAAGGCUCACUCUCGGCCAGCGAACUGAGCCACUACAACAAGCCUGAGGAGGAGGAGCUACGGAGGCUGUGUCAGCGCUGCCACAUCAUGGCGUCACAGCUGAACAGACAAGCCGCUGCUCUGGCCGACACCACGGCGCUGAAGGACCCGGCCUACGCCUCCUUCCUCUUUGAUAAGCUCCAGCGUCUCCAGUUGCCUCGCCGCGGCCGCCAUGCUUCUGUCGACGCCCGCUGUGAUGUAUGCGGCGCCUCUUUCCAGCAGCUGAGGCGCCUCGCUCUGCGUCGGGCUCUGGGCAUCAGCAGGGAGAUGGCGCCACGGCCCGCCACCCCCAGCGCCACCUCGGAGAGCAGCUGGGUCCACGACGAGCUGCCGGUGAAGCAGCAGAGAUGGACACAGGAGGAGCAGCAGCAGGGGGGAGGAGCUCCGUGGAGAUGGGGUGGAGUACAGAGCACCUAUCUAGGUGGGGGUGGAGCCAAAGGGCUCGCCACAGUAACGCCCCUUCCCCUGAACCCAGCUCAGUACCUGGAGGGGGUGUGGAGGGUCUCCUGCUGCACACCUGAACUCCAACACAGUACGGGUUUGACUUCAGAUGGAGGUCAUGUGACCGUGAAGCGUUCCACCCAGGACGUUCCUGCUAAACCAGCAGCCCACAGCAUCGGCACCCAAACCAGCCAGCCGCCGUCUGCUGCAGCCGCCUUCUUCAUCAGGGCAGCUCAGAAGCUCAGUCUGUCCCGCAGGAAGAAGUCCCCGCCCGGCCCCACCUCCCCGCCCCGUGAGUCUCCGGGGUCGCUGCUGUACACCGGGGGCUUCAGUGGGGCCCUGCAGCUCUCCCCACCCGCAAUCCCACCAUGCCUCCUUCGAGCUGGGUCAAAGGUCAAGGAUACACCAGGGAUGGGGAAGGUCAGAGUGAUGGUCCGGAUCUGCUCGGUCCACAGCGAGUCCUCGGAGUCCAUGUCGUUCCUGAAGGUCGACGGCAGGAAGAAGCAGCUCACUCUGUGCGAGACGUCAGCCGCCGGACUCUCCGCCGCCGCCCAGAGACGAUCCUCGGCCUCGGCUCCAAAGACAUUCACCUUUGAUGCCGUCUUCUCGCAGGACACCUCACAGGCUGAGGUGUGUUCAGGAACCGUGGCAGAGGUCAUUCAGUCGGUGGUGAACGGCGCAGACGGCUGCAUCUUCUGCUUCGGACACGCUAACCUGGGUAAGACAUACACCAUGAUCGGUCGGGACUGCUCCACCCAAAGUCUGGGUGUGGCUCCGACAGCAAUCUCCUGGCUCUUUAAGGUAAUCGAAGAGCGGAAGGAAAAGUCCGGAGCUCGUUUCUCCGUCAGAGUGUCGGCCGUGGAGAUCUCCGGUCGAGAGGAGACGCUCACCGACCUCCUGGCUGAACUCGCAGCAGGUGACCACCAGGAGGUCCCAGGCCCUGCCGUGGCUCUGAGAGAAGAUCCAGUCUGUGGAUCCCAGCUGCAGAACCAGACGGAGCUUCGGGCGACCAGCGCUGAGCGAGCAGCAUCUUUCCUGGAUGUCGCCCUUGCAGCAAGGAGGAGCAGCCAAAUGCCGGAUGACCAGGAAGUCAGAAGGAACUCCCACUUCCUGUUUACCCUGCAUCUCUCCCAGGAGAGGCUGGACAAGAGCAACAAGGCAGCAGUGUCGGGGCGGAGUCGCCUCCACCUCCUCGAUUUGGGGAGCUGUGAGACGGACAUCAGCAGGACCAGAGAGGGAGGUGGGGGUCAGUGUCUGUCCCUCUCCGCACUGGGAAACGUCAUCCUCGCCCUGGCCAACGGAGCCAAGCACGUUCCCUACAGGGACAGCAAGCUCACGAUGCUCCUCAGCGAAUCCCUGGGCAACAUCAACUGUCGAACCACCAUGAUCGCCCACAUCUCCGACUCCCCGGCGAACUACGUGGAGACGCUGACCACAGUGCAGACGGCCUCCCGCAUCCACCGCAUGAGGAAGAAGAAGUCCAAGUAUGCUUCCAGCUCAUCUGGAGGGGAGAGUUCCUGUGAGGAAGGCCCAUCCCAUCGACCUCCUCAUCUUCGACCCUUCCACCCUCGGACCGUGGCCCUCGACCCAGACGUUCCCCUGCUACUCUCGAGCGAUCCCGACUAUUCCUCCAGCAGCGAGCACUCCUGUGACACCGUCAUCUACGUUGGGCCUGGAGGGACAGCAAUCUCAGACCGAGAGCUGAGCGAUAAUGAGGGUCCGCCUUCAUUCGUUCCCAUCAUUCCUUCCCUGAACAAAAGGCGAGUCAAAGAUGCACCCAAGUCUGAUGGUGAUCACUUCAAGUGUAACACAUUUGCAGAACUGCAAGAGAGACUCGACUGCAUAGAUGGCAGUGAAGGCCCGGCCACGUUCAGCACAGAAGGCACAUCAGUAGCACCGAAGUCUCAGAGUGGAGCUACUAAACCCACAGAGGCAACCUCACCACCCAGAUCUGAUAAAAAUACCUCCCAGAGUUUCUCUGAAAGCGCGCCAACACCAUGCACAAGUAAAUCUGAUCACAAACAGUCUGAACUACCUUCAGCUGGUGGCCUCAUGGACACUUCCAAAAGGACAAGCGCAGAUGGAGAGAAACUUUUAGCCACCCCCUUUCAGCCAUGUUUGGUAAAAUCAGGGGGUGCUCAUACCUGUGACUCAGAACCUGUGGUUCGAGAGAAGGUCUACCUCAAAGGAGGUGUACCCAAGCCAUCAGCUUCACCAUCCUUACCUCGGACAACCAGGACAGUGCCUCAGCCUGGAGAGGCUCUCGGCAGGACUCCCCCUGUGGGUAUGAGCCAACAAGUAAUGAGGCAAGACCAGCCACCAGGGUCACCUAACACAGACAGAGCAGCUCAUACAAGCAGAUACCCCAUGGAGGUGAACACCCUCCGGGCCUCUCUGUUAGGACGUUGCCUGGACAGGGAUUUUCUGAGGACUACCAUCACUCUGCAGCAGCCUGUGGAGUUGAAUGGAGAGGAUGAGCUUGUGUUCACAGUCAUAGAGGAGCUCCCUCACGGUCUUGUCCCAGAUAACGGUCGUCCCUCCAACCUCCUCAGCUUUAACAGUGACUGCUUUCCGCAGACUUUAGCUGCUAGCUCUCGCCCAGUCAGCAUCAUCAGCAGUAUUAAUGAUGAAUAUGAUGCUUACACAUCUCAACAAGGAGCUGUGGGACCAGGCACUGAUGUUGGCACCGACCGCCAAGAAAGUUUGUUUUCCCAGCAAGGCAGAAAGCACCCAUCUGUUGGCUCAUGGCCAUACGAAUCACCUGAAAGUGACGGUCUUCAUUCACAAAGCAGGCUUUACUUGAGGGAUAAAACAAUGGAGAAUGCCUCCUUGCUGACCUCACCGAGUAUAUUCCAUAAACAGCCAUUUUUACAGCAUGGCAUUAAGAGCUCCUUAAAUGACAGCGGUGUCUGUUUCUCAGAGCUGGACAGCGACCCUGCUACCCCAAACAAACCAUCUUUUACCAAGUGCCCUCCCUCCCCCGAGUCAACCAAAGCCUCUCCCAAAGGCUAUCUAAAGGUGAGAGCCAGUAACCUGAACACAUCAGUGUCAGCGCAGGUUUCCCAUCAUGCCACCCAUUCCAGUCUGCCCAGGAAAACCAAGCCUACCUCAACCGUAGCUGUGGGCUGCAGUGGACAGGAAGGCAAACAGGAUGAGUUUUUGCUUCAGGGAAGCAGUCAUUUUGAUCCCAGAGAGAUGGAUUUUCUUUCUGCAGGUAAGCCAACAAGAAGUGGUAUGACUAAUGUUUCCUCCAGGAGGUCCGGAGGGAACAGCAACAGCGUACCUCGCCCACCAAAGGCACAGAUGUCUUCUUCAGCUCACAGGGUUGUUGAUGGUUGUGAGAAGUCCAGCAGCAGGAGAGGAGACACUCUCAUCAAGCUGCCACGACUCACUCGGGGUGCAACAACCCUAGGGACUGUUUCCACCCCCCAGAGUUCAGAAUCGAAAUGGGCUCAUGAAGCUGCAUCAGUGAUUGGUACAGUGAGGUUUUCAUCCCUGGGAAAAAAGGCAAAUGGACAAAAAAACAGCACAAUUUCCAAACAGUCGAGCCAAGAACAAAAGUUAAGAAUUGCGCUCUCUCCAAGUGCCUUAAAAACAAGCAGCGACACUGGAAAGUCUUCAUUCCCUAAAACAUCCGCCUCAGAGGAGGAAUUCCACAUCAGGCUCAGAGCAGAUUCAUUCAGCCACAGGACAUCUAGUUUAAAAACUGAACACAGUCCUGCAAGAACAUCCUCAAGCCUGAAGACACGUGGAGCCAAAGCAGAUUCCUCUAGAUACUUCGGGAGUCUGAUCUCCCUGGAGAAAUGUGACAGUCAAACCUUAGCUGGGUCCAAACCUGAGCUCUUCAGAGAGAACAGUGGUGCUGCAUCCGGAAGCAAUGGCAAGUGCAACCGAUCAGUGCCAAGACUUGGUGUUCCAGCAUCCACCUCCACAUCUGCCUCUCCCUCCCAAGUGUUAUCUGGUGUCUUUGCAGCUACUAGCAAACUGGGGCAGGUCCGCAGUGGCAGCGGAUCAAGAGCAGCAGCUUCUGGUGGACUGAAGGUUCGAACGCUGUCUGCCAGCAGUUCCAAGAGCCUGAGCUCUUCCCCAAAGCCUCCCGAAAAUGCAGCCGGACGCAACACCAACCUACCUCCGAAUGGCAAGUCCCCAUCUCGCUCUGGAACAGGAGUCAAGACAGGAAGAGGCACUAUCAUGGGCACAAAGCAGGCCAUCAGCAGGGCAGCUAACAGCCGGGUUAGCGAGCUAGUUGCAGGUAGCCAAAGGAAGCAGCUUGGCAGUGGUGCUGGAGUAACAGGAACUGAUGGCACCAGCAGCAGGACUAAUAGCAUCAUUGGGUCAUCACUCAACAUACCGCUACCAUCACCUUACAGCAAGAUCACCGCGCCUCGGAGGCCGCAGCGCUACAGCAGUGGGCAUGGCAGCGACAACAGCAGCAUCCUCAGUGGGGAGCUGCCCCCCGCCAUGGGCCGCACUGCCCUGUUUUACCACAGCGGGGGCAGCAGUGGCUAUGAGAGUAUGAUCCGAGACAGCGAGACAACCGGCAGCACCUCCUCAGCACACGACUCCAUGAGCGAGAGCGGAGCGUCCUCAUCAAACAGGAGCAGAGUUUCUAAAUCGCCCAAGAAGAGAGGAAAUGGUUUCUUGCGGCGGCGGCUGAUCCCCGCUCCCCUGCCGGACACCUCCUCUCUGGGCAGGAAGGUGGGUGGUCAGUGGGUGGACCUGCCCCCGUUGGGUGGCACCCUGAAGGAGCCCUUUGAGAUAAAGGUCUAUGAGAUCGACGACGUGGAGCGCAUGCAGAGGAGGAAGGAGGUGCUGACAGGAUCAGAGCAGCCGUUCCACGAUGUUGAAAAGGGUCUGCUCUACUUUAACGCCCGGCUGAGGAUGCUGGAGAGGCGGCAGCAGCAGAUCAGAGAGCUGAAGAGCAAACACGAGAGGCUGAAGGCGGAGCUGGAGGAGGCCAAGAGCCGGCUGAUGCUCCACCCGAGCAAAUGGAGCGGAGAGUUUGAUGUGGACCAGGACCUGGACCGGGAGUCCCAGGAGUACCUGGAGGCUCUGGCUCAAGUCACGGGGGAGCUGGAGUACUGCGUCAACCUGUGCAAGUCCCGCGUCAUGAUGGAGACCUGCUUCGACAUCACGGUGACGACGGCGGGCGCCGCCGCGCAGGGGGGCCAGCAGGAGGUGGAGGUGUGAAGGGAAACUCAUCAUCUCACAGCAGGGGACUGAAGACAGCUGGACAUACUUCAUUCAUUCAUUCACAGGAAGACUCGACUGCAGCAGGAGAAGAAGACUUCCUGUCAGAGCAGAGCAACAAACUGCUGAUCAGAGAUCAGAUCUCACAAAGGAUGGAAGCUCUGGAAGUGCCUUUCUAUUUAUUAUCUUAUUCAUUUAAUAUUAUCCUCCUCAUUUACUGUGUCAUUUAUUUUUAUGGUGCUGAUCUCUGAAUUUAUCCGUUAUGCAACAGGAACAGAUGGAAGUUUAAUAAUAGAUUAUUUUGCUGCCUUGGACACCAACACGGACUCAGUGUCUGUGUUUAACCUGUAACUCCUCAGUUCAGAGCGUAGGUCUGAGAGGGACCAACCAUAAAGAAAUCAGAAUAAGACGUCAGCUUUGAGCUGCCUGAGAGUCUGUUUUCAGGACAUGCAUGUGUACAGACAGCCUCCAGCUGCUUUAAACUGCCUGAGCAUCAAACGUUACUCCUGCCUUUACCCCGGCUGAAUGACCGCACACAGCCUGAACUAAAAGACUCGAGUGGAGGUGAACAAACACCAAAACAAGCUGGUUGAAAGACGCCCCCCCCCCCCCC